CUUAAUUCUUAAGCCUCUUUAAAAGUCACUUAGAGUUGGAGGUUUAUUUUUCUUGUACACAACCAUUUCCAACUGAACUUAUAAUUAACCCCCCAUGUAGCAAACAUGAUACAUCACAACAGUUUUGGACAACUACAUCAUUCAACAGUUACUGGAAAGAUAUAUUUAUCAGAUUGAAACGUUGUAACAACAAUACAAUCAUAAAGACAGUUUUAAUUGAUCUUAUAAAACAAAGAUAAUGAUUUUAUUUUUACCUUAGGAACUACAUUAUUGGUUUUAUUUUUUGAAUUUAAAAGAUUAGCAGAACUUGGUUAUCUGUCAGAAAAAAUUGAUCAGAAACUGUGAAUAUAAAUAUGGAGCAGGGGGUGGAGUCUAUAAAAUAGUUUCUCUUACUAAAAAGAAUGGUAAGGAGAGGAAAAGUGAAAAAAGUGAUGGUCCAGAAAAAAAGAGGGCAUGCAUGGAAAAUAGGAAGAGGCAAAAGAAUUUGUCAUUUUGCAGAGGUUGCAAAUCCCAAACAUCUCACUAGAGGCCAAACAAAAGGGUAACUGGGUUUUCCAAUUCUCUACCAAAUAUCUCAUUCUUAGCUGUGUCCUAAACAGUGGGCCAUGCACGUGUUUAAGCCCUUCUCAUCCCAUCAUUCACCAUAGCCUUCCCUCAAUUCCCCACCACCCAACCCCUCCUUUAUAACCGAACCUUCCUUCCCUCACACCUUCCCAUCACUCACCACACCAACACACCUCUCCCUCUCUCUUUUCAUCUCGUUGGGGCAUUUCAUCAAACACUUUGCAAGAUGGCCAAAGUGGGAAAACUUACAAAGCUGAAGUCAGCGAUCAAGAGAUGGCCCUCAUUGACCAAGCUCAGCCGCGGCAACAGCUGUGUCUCCUCCCACAAAGAAGCCACCAGAACAUCCUCGUCAUCCAAGGAACAUGCACAUGAACAAGAGCUUCAUGCUGUUUAUGUCGGCAAAUCUAGGAGGCGCUACCUCGUAAACUCCGAAGUGAUCGACCACCCUGUGUUCCAGGAGCUAGUGGAUAGGUCUUCUUCGUCUCAUGAUGAUGGGGUGGUGGUGUCCUGUGAGGUGGUGCUGUUCGAGCACUUGCUGUGGAUGCUUGAGAGCGAAGAGACCCAGUUGGGGUCCAUGGAUGAGCUGGUCGAGUUUUACUCUUGUGCAUGCUGAUCCACAUGAUGGUAUCCAUCGAUGCUGACACUCCUAGUAAUAGCUGACUUCGAUUGUUUCUCUUGUGGUCGCCCAAACAAACCCAAACCAUUGGCCUCACUUUGUGAAUUCAGAUUGAUUCAAUCUUAAUUAUAUAUAUAAAAGUAUUGUUGUUGU